UCCUAAUAAUUUACAGUGUCAGAAUGAUUGUGUUCUGUGUUACACUGCUUCUCCUUCAUCAGGGAUAUACACUAGCUCCGGUGACCACAGUUCAACUUGGUGAACCUGCGACCUUCACAUGUGUUUUACCUACUAAAGAGCUGAUUAAUGAACAACUCUACUGGUACAAGCAGAGUGCUGGGGAUGAUCUGAAAUUAAUUGUGAUGCUUCGCAAACAUGUAACCUCUGUGUACGGACCAGAGUUUUCAACCUCAAGAUUGGAUGUUAAAUUUCAUAAGAAUAUCAGCAAGCUGACCAUUUUGAAAACAAUUGAAGAAGACGAGGGAAUGUAUCACUGUGCACUUGUGGAUUGGACUGAGAAUAUUUGGAGUGGGACCUAUUUGUCAUUAACUGGAAACACUCAGAGGACGUCAAACUGUAUUGUUGUUCAGUGGCCGACAGUAUCUGAUCCAGUCCAUCCAGAAGACUCGAUGACUCUCCAGUGUUCAGUCCUCUCUGACUCUGACAAUAAAACGUGCCCAGGAGAUCACAGUGUGUUCUGGUUCAGAGCUGGAUCAGAUCAAUCUCAUCCAAAUAUCAUCUACACUGAUGGAAAUAGACACGAUGAAUGUGACAAGAGAUCCGACACUCAGAAAAGCUGUGUUUAUCGCUUCACUAAGAACGUCGCCUCCUCUGAUGCUGGAACUUAUUACUGUGCUGUGGCCACAUGUGGAGAGAUAUUAUUUGGAAAUGGAACUAAAGUGGAAAUCGAGCUAACAACAACAAGUUCUGAAUUUAUCCUGCUGGUGAUAACAAUAGUCUGCUUGGUCAUUUCUAUGAUUGGAAAUGUCGUUUUCAUCUGUUACCGAACUCCAAGACCAAUAUGUAAACAAUUUGAAGGAAUAGAAAGCGCCACUUCACAAGCAAGACAUGACAACUUGAUCCAACCAGUCCCUGAUAUUACUGAAGGUGGGGAUAAUCUAAACUACGCUGCGUUGCAUUUCUCUGGAGGGAAAGCUACAAGAGGAAGGAAGAAGCAAGAGUUGAAGACUGAAGAAAGUGUGUAUUCUCAAGUUCAAUCCAGAAUGUGAAUAUGUGUCUAUGAAACAGCUGGUUUAUAGUACAAACCUUACA